AUGGUAUUUUUACGAUACGAUGGAAUGUGGAAUAUGAUUUAUGAGAAUUUCUGUCUUCCCGAGAUACUGAUCGUACAAAAGGUAGAGCAAACCCUUGACAAUCGCUCGCCCAAAGCAAGGAUGUCCUUCACGGCCCACUCAUCGAACAUGAACUUCCACUGUCGACAGAAGUUGAAGGUCGGUCUGUCUCGCCUGGUAGACAUUGGAUCUGGCAGCAUCUACCUACAUACGAGAAUGAAUGGUCGUCCUCUCGAAAACCAUUCUUGGCUCAAUGACUUAGCGGGUAAAUCGCCCGACUUAGUGCAAUGCAUGCAUGCUCCGCUGAACGAAUACUUCUGCUCUCUCGACCCGGACUACCCGUUUAUGUUUAGUGCAUUCUCUCUCUUGCUCUUCAUCGUGAAUUGA